CACAAACUUAAAAUGGUAUUAUGUUUUCCUUUUUGUUAAACGAAAGUUUGUUCUUUUCACCAAUGACAAAACAACGCUUUUUUAAAACAAAAGAGUACACGUUUCCCGUUUUUCGUUCUGUCGUUCCUUGAUUUGUAAAUGUUUGAGCCAAUUCACUCUGUCGUCUGCAAACCACUAACGAAUCGUUCGCAGCGAUUAUCAUUCAAUUUUUUUGGUAGGAUAGGUAUAAUGGGUCGUAAAAAAGGUGGAAGAAGAGGGAAUCGGAAACCAAAGGCUUUUAUUGAUUGGGACACAAUUCCUAGAGAAAACGAGAAUUUUGAAAAGUACUAUAAAACUCAAGCAUUACUUCCUGAGAAUGAAUGGACGCAAUUACUGGAGACAUUAAAAAUCACUUUACCAACAACCUUUCGCAUUACAGAAACGAACAAGCAUGCAAGACGUGUUCGCGAUUUGUUUGUCAAUCAUUACUGUCCUAUGGUAAACGGUUGUGAAUAUGAAGGUCAAAAAAUCCCCAUUCCUACGGAAAUUCCAUGGUAUCCUGGAAAAUUGGCCUUUACUAUCAAUAUUCCGAAGUCCGUAAUUCGCAAGACGCCUGCCUUAAAACCUCUUCAAAAAUUCCUCAUGUAUGAAACUGAGUGCGGAGACAUCAGUCGUCAAGAGGCUGUAAGCAUGAUUCCUCCUCUCUUUUUGGACGUAAAGCCCCAUCACAAAGUGUUAGAUAUGUGCGCGGCACCUGGAUCCAAAACAGCUCAACUUAUCGAAGCAUUACACAGGGACUCUAAUGUUGAAAGCCCCGAAAAGGAUAUUGUUCCAUCUGGUUUAGUGAUAGCAAACGAUGCUGACUCUCGUCGCGCGCAUAUGCUUGUUCAUCAAAUUAAACGCUUAAACUCUCCCAACGUAGUCAUCACAAACCAUGAUGCCUCGUACAUGCCGAACUUUCACAUGAUGACAGAGGGGAAAACCGGAGAGGCAAAACGCGUGAAUCUAAAAUUUGAUCGAAUUUUGGCUGACGUUCCCUGUUCCGGAGAUGGUACAUUCCGUAAGAAUAUAUCUUUAUGGAAAGAAUGGACCCUUAAAACGGCUUUGGGACUCCAUGCAACUCAGGUGAAAAUAUUAUUGCGUGGUUUACAGAUGCUUGCUACCGGUGGUCGACUGGUUUAUUCCACUUGUUCUAUGAACCCAAUUGAGAAUGAGGCCGUUGUUUCGGCGAUUUUAAAGGCAACGGAAGGAUCUGUACGCUUGGUUGAUACGAGCAAGGAGCUUCCAAGUCUUGUUCGUAACCCUGGUGUUUUUGAUUGGAAAGUAAUGGAUGGCGAUCUGAAUGAAUAUAAGUCAUUUGAGGAGCUUCCUUCCAACCUCAUUCAGAGGAUGCCCAAGACCUUGUGGCCUCUUCCCAAAUCCGAACUUGAGCGGCUUCAUAUCGAACGUUGUAUGCGAGUUUAUCCUCAUCAACAAAAUACUGGUGGCUUUUUUGUUGCUGUGCUUGAAAAGUACAAUGACCUUGAGGGUACUAUGCAAACAAUUGUCGAUGAGAACAAAGCUAUCUCUCGUGGUUUAAAACGCUGCAUCAGUCCUAAAAAGGAAGAAGAGGUUAAAAAGCCGUGCCCCGACUCUGUUGCCCAUACGCAAAAGGAAACUACUAAGGAGGACGAAUCACAGAAACAAGAUGCUGUGCAAAGUCGUGGAAAUGGAAAUCGAUUCCAAGAAAUUGAUCCAUUCUCAUAUGUCAGUGAGGAUAAUGAAGAACUGAAGAAAAUCUUCUCAUUCUUUAAGGUCAACGACAAGAAAAUGCACCGUGAUUUGUUUUUGGUGCGCAACCCUAAUGGCGUUCCUACUGGUGCACUUUAUUAUUCGAAUAACUUGCUCAAACAGAUCAUUACCAAUAACCGAAACCACAUCAAGUUUGUCCACGGAGGUGUGAAAGUCUUUGUGAGACAAGAGUUUGGAAGCCAAACCAAAGAAGUUGCGGAGAAGACAGAUGCAUGCUACUAUCGAAUUCAAAGCGAUGGCGCAUUUUUAGCAGCCACUGCUAUGGAUCCUUCGUCUGUGACUAAUAUACCCUCAAGUGAUCUUCGUGUUUUGUUGGACAAUGAGACAGUGACGAAGGAAUCGUUUCCCGAGGAUAGUACUUUGGGGAAAGUUUACGAGUCCCUCCCUCUUGGAUGCAGCCUGCUCCGAGCAGAUCUAAAAAACGAAGAACAUGCUAUUCAAGAAGAGGUGUAUAUUUGUUUAUGGAAGAGCUUCCGCAUCUCAAAUGUGAUGAUGGCCAAAAGUGAAAAACAAAAUAUUCUUCUCCAACUGAACGGUUCAGUUGCCGCUGCAGAAGACAAGUCUGUAGAGGAAGCUCCAAAGUCUGAAGCUUAGAAAGUAAAAACGCUGCAUUUGUUUAUGGAAGAGAGAAAGAGAUUAGACAUUUAUUUUUUACAAAAAACGCUUUCAUUUACUAUACAUGCCCAAGCGUGGAGAAGGACGACAUCAGUGGUCCUUUUUUACUCCUGCCUGAAACCGUGGAGAGGUAAAAAAUCGAGAGAAAGAAGUGGGUAUGAUGAUGGAAACAUUACAUGCCGUUGAAGCGCUCAAAUGAUAAAACAUUUCAAGCAGCAGUUUCAACUACGGCAGGAGCAGCCUCGGCAGGCUUUUCAACCGAUUCAGCUGAAGGCUCAGAAGUCUCCUCAGUCUUCUGAGUUUUGGCAGCAUCCUUCUGCUUCUUAGCUUCAAACUUGGCCUCCAAAUCGUUAAUCUCCUUCUCGACCUUAGCGAUCUUCUCCUUGGUAACACGCUCCUGGUUUUCCUUGAAGUAAGCGAUCUUUGCUUUCAAGUCAGCAACAGCCUUCUCGUUCUGUGACUUGUUGAGAGGAGCCUCUACACCAACAAAAGAGAACUCUUGCAGAGUACCCAAAGAAAGGUUAAGCUUAUCGGAGGAUGACGAGUUGUUGGACUUGGAAGCCUUCUUCGUCUUCUUCUUCAAGCCAGAAAAGACGUCGUCAAUAUCGUUGGCACUCUUGUUCAAGACAGUACCACCGACAAUAGGCUCGACAGCACGAGGAGCCAAAUUUCUGGGACGCAAGUUAGAAGAAGUAGAAGCAGAGGCUGCUUGCUCCUUCUUUUCAGAAGGAGUACCGUGCAAGAACUUAAUCAAGUUUUCACACGUCAAAAUCUCCUCAGUAAAAGCGGGGAUACUGGCUUGCUCCAACUUCUUUUGGGCAGUAGCCUGACGGCGCUGCAUUUCACGAGCCUCACGCUCUUGACGAAUUUGCUCUUGGCGCUUGGCACGUUGUUGGCGCUCAUGAUCGCGCCAAGCACGGAAUGCGGUGUCGUAUUCACGUUGCAUGGCUUUACGUUGACCAUAGACCUCAUCACACUUAGCCUUGGCAGCGUCACGCUCAGCAUAAAGAGCUCGUUGGUUCGUGUAAAACUCAUCUUGCUUCUUACGAAGGGCGUUCAAAGAGUCACGAGCAGCGACAAACUGUUCGUUCAACUUCUUAGACUCAGGGUCGUCAAGCUGCUCACGAAGAGCAGCAGCUUCCUUCUUCAAUACAUCGAUAGCACUUUGGGUGUUGCUGAUCUCACCAAAGUUCUUACGCAAGUGAUUGAGCUGGGAAAUCUCACGAAGGUUCUUCUUCUCAUCAACGAGCUUCAUGGUACCAGACUCAACCUCGCUUCUGAGUCUCUCAAUACGUUUGUCGAGAUCUGCCUCACUCUUAAAGGGCACAGUCUUCUUCAAACCAUUGAUUUCGUUGAUCUUUAUGACAAAGUUAGAAACAAUCCAAGCUGUAUUUCAUCGCAUAAGUUACCUUCUUCUUUAAAGCAUCCUCCUUUCCUUUCAGCUGAGCAAUAAUUUCUUGCUUUGAGCUGCGAAUUGCACUCUGGGCCUCACGAAUCUUGUCGAGUUCAGCACGAAGUUCUUUGUUUUUCUCGUGGAAAGGAUUGGGGCCACGCGAGGCUUCAAUUUUUUGCUUAACAGCAUUCUUUAAUCCGGGUUAGCUCAUUUCAUGCCCGACAAAUGCGUUUAUCGCGUAUUAAACGCAAAAACGUCGACAUACAAAAACUUUGUCGGCUGCUUCGAUCUUCUUUUCAAGUUCUGCAACAGCAGCCUUGUGUGCAGUUUCAUCGGGACGGACGGGCUUGUGGGAAGACAUGAUCGGACUCAGUAACGCGGGAAGGCGAAAGCGUACAGUGGUUGGGAGAGGGAGAAAGUGUUGUACAACGCCAUGUCUCAUAUACGUGGUAGGAGCUACCUCGUGUAAUGCAAAUAAGGUUUAAGGUAGUCAUGUGAAAAUCUAAGCGAGAAAGAGAUAAAAAAAGAG